GGGCGUGGGGAAGGGGACGGGGAAGCCGGGGCGGCUCAGCUGCUGUGGGCACAGGUGCCAUGAGGUCCCCUCCCUCCCCGUAGCCCUGCCAAGAAUGUGUUCCCUCGGCGUGGGCUGACAUCACCCGCAGAGUGCUGCUCUCUCCAAGCGCGCCCGGCAUCCGGGAGGUGUUGGCUGCGGGGCUGUGCUCCACACACACACACACACACACACACACACACACACACACACACACACACACGGGCUUUUGUUCCGUCCCUCCUCCUGCCCACCCCAUGCCUUCGGGGUGGUCCCCAGCAGGGCUGUGCAGAUCCAACUUUCGCUCUGUGUGUGCCCCGUUUGGUGGCUGUGCCUGCUCUUCCCCAUCCUUUGGGGUCUGGUCUGUGCCUUCGUGUCCCCAUAUCCAUCCAGAUGAUGCGCGCUGAAUCCCUCCAUCCCCACCGAUAUCCCUGCUCUGCGUCCUUCCAGCAUCCCCUCCUGCUGUGCUCCCCUUAUCCGUGAGGUUUUUGGGGUGGCACCGCUUGUGGCUUCCUUCCGUCCCCACGAAUCCCUGCCUGGCCCCGGCAGAAGGGCUCAUCUCAGAGCCAACCUCCGCCUGUUUGCCUUGGCAUCCCAGGCAGGAUUUGCACGUGAGCCCCUGGAGACAACAAGCAGCUCAGCUCUAAUCCUCUUGGCUGCAGCGCCUAGGGCUGCUCACGGCCUUGGGGCUUGCACCAUGCACACUCCGUGGCUGCAGUGCAGGAGCUGCUGCUCUGUUCUCCCCAGGUUUUUUCCACCUAGAGGAGCUCUGGGUGUUGCACGUCCUUGAGUGACUCCCAAAAAUGUGCUGGGAGAAAAGUAGGUGAGCAGCGAUGGAUGUGCAAGAGGAUGAGUGUGCCAUGCAGUGAGUGUGCAAGGUGGAGAGAGUGCACAAGGUGAUGACCAUGCAACGCAUUGCACGUGAUGAUUGUGCAGUGCGACAAGCAUGCAAGGUGGUGAGAGUGCAAUGCAAUGGGGAUGCAAAAUGAUAAGCAUGCAAGGUGAUGAGCAUGCAAUGCAAUGAGCAUGCGAGGUGAGGAGUGAGUGACCAUGCAAAGGGACGAACAUACAAGGUGAUAAGCAUGUAAAAGGAUGGCCAUGCGAUGUGGUGAACAUGCCAGGUGAUCAUGCACUGGGCAUGCAAUGUGCUCAGCAUGCAGUGCAAGAGGGCGAGUGUGCAACGCUCAUUUGCUUCAGGUCUUUGCCAGCCCCAAAGCUGCUGCUUCGCUCCCUGUGCCCCACUGAACUUCAGGAGCCCUGCAUGAUGUGUGGGGCAGGUGGUCAGCCCCACUUGCAGCCUGGCUUUGCAGGACAGGGUUUGGGGCUCCUGUUGGGCUCCGGAGGUGCUGCUGUGGUUUGACACUGGGACAGAUUCCGUGCCCCAGUCCCAGGAGGCAUCCGCUCAUACUUUGUUUGCCAGAGUUAUCUUUAUUGUGGUUUUCUCCUGCUCUAUUGGGUAAUGGGGGGACGCACCCCAACUUCUUUAUGGCUUUAUGGCACUGCAGUGAAGGACGUGGGGGCACAGCGCUUAUCGGGCUGUGAGCUCCAGGCACAGCAUGUGGCCAUGCUGUGGGUUUCUAUGACUGAAAAGGGGGGCUGGGUGGGCUAACCCUACGUGGCUCCCCCUGUGCACAGCGUUCCCACGUCCUGCGUGGUGCAGCUGUCCCCAAGAGCACCCGUGGUGCCUGGGCAGGGUGCAGCUGGGGCCAACCCAGCAGCACUCCCUGUUAAUGGUUAAUGGGGCCGCGCUAUCGGCGCUGCCAUCAGCUGGGAACACGCUGUUCCACACCGCCUGUUUGCUCUCAGCCCCAUCUCCUGCAGGGCUCUCCCUUGGGCACAGGGCCGGCUUGGGUGCUGCCAUGUGGGACAUCCCUUGGGGUGCCCCGGGGUCUGGAAGGGGACAGAAGCACACGCAGUUCCUUUCCCCCCCCCAUUAUUCCCAAUCCCCUGUUUGGUUUUGGCCAUCUGACAUCUCCCCGGCCUCGCAGUGGUGGAGGUGGGGACGCUGUGGGUCCCCGUGUGUCACCGCAGGGCUCAGAGCCCAUCGUGCCGCCGUCUCGUGGGUGCCCCCCUGCGCUCAGCCCUUUAUCAGCUGUCAGCAUCAGCAGGGCGAUGGGUUUGCCGAUAAGGAGUGUUUUCUUCCUCCUGUGCGAGAGAGAAAAAACAGCAGCGCUGUGACCUGCGGGUGCCCCGGGACAAGGUCAUGUCCCCAUGGGGUCCCUGCACGGCCAUCCCCGGCCCUCACAGCGCUACCAUUGGCUCUUGCAGGCUGCGAUUCCGGCUUUGGGCAGGCAACAGCGCGGCACUUGGACUCCUUGGGCUUCCGUGUCUUCGCCAGCGUGCUGGACCCACGCGGCCCUGGCGCACAGGAGCUGCAGAGGAGCUGCUCGGCCCGGCUCACGCUGCUACGCAUGGACCUCACCAAGCCCGAGGACAUCCAGAGCGUCCUGCAGCACAUCCAGGCCCACACCAAUGGCACAGGUCUCUGGGGCUUGGUGAACAACGCCGGCUUCAAUGACAUCAUCGCUGACGCUGAGCUCUCGCCAUUGGGCAACUUCCGCACCUGCAUGGAGGUGAACUUCUUUGGCUCACUGGAGCUCACCAAGGGGCUGCUGCCCCUACUGCGCUCCGCUGGCGGCCGCAUCGUCACCGUCAGCAGCCCUGCAGGUGACCUGCCCUUCCCCUGCCUGGCAGCCUACGGGGCGUCGAAGGCUGCGCUCAGCCUGCUCAUGGACACGUUCCGCAGUGAGCUGCAGCCCUGGGGUGUCAAAGUCAGCCUCAUCCUGCCUGGGUACUUCAAAACAGCCACCUGCGACCCCGACUUCUGGAAGCUGCAGAAGGAGCAGCUGGUGGCCCGCCUGCCCCGGGAGCUGCUGCAGGCUUACGGCGAGGACUACGUGGAGGAGAUCAACCGGCAGUUCAUCCAGUUCAUGAAGGUGGCCGUGGAGGACCUCAGCGCGGUGGUGAACAGCAUCACGGACGGGCUGCUGGCUGCCAACCCGGCCGUGCGCUACUACCCAGGGCAGGGCCUUGGGCUCAUGUAUUUCAUCCACCGCUACCUGCCCUACUUUGUCCGAGACUUGUUCCUCAGAGGAUUAUUCAUCAACCCCAAGCUGCCCCGAGCGCUGCGGCCGGAACACAAGGACGCCAAGAAGCCCUGACCUCGGCCGCGUAGAGGGCACCCAUCAGCACUAGACCUAAAACCAAAUCGCUUUUCCCAAAUCAGGCAGAUGCAGAUCUAUUUUCUAUUGUGCGAGAAUCAACGUUUUCUAGAGACUUGGGUGUUUUUUGUAUUAUUAUUAUUGUAUUUUUUUUGUUUUCUAACCGCCGCACUCCCCACGCCUGACUCCGCGCGCUGGGACGCACCUCGGGCAUUUCUCAGCCACGUGGCAGCUCGUUGAGCACUGCCAGAGCCCUGCAGCCAGGCCAGGCCAGCCCCUGCCUCCCCGUCCCACGCUCCGUGUGCCCCCAGCGCUGGCAGGGGCCGAGGCUGGGCUGCGGGUGCCGCAGAGCUCCGCACCGGAUGAAAUACGUGAUUGUCACUUUUUCAAUAAAUCUGUUCUUGAUAA